UAGAGGAACAAAAUCAACGUCGGAUCAGUUUCUGGGGACUGUAUUUGGGAGCGGACCAAAUGGUGUGAUAUGUCAUUCAACGAAUAUUUGCACACAAACCUUGAAAUAACGUAUAAAAUAGUGAAUCAUUAAAGUUACGAAAUCAGUAACGACAAGUGUUUGUAGACACGGAUCGAGGUCGUGAUAUCGUAAAUCAAAAAUGACAACAUGGCGGCGCUUUCUUCUUCAAACUGAUCUUUAAAUUCGAAAGCCGUCAUAACAGAAGUUGGUAUGUAUGUAUUUUUUGUAUUAUAAAUAAAUAUGGAAGGAUUUAUUUUAAAGCAUUAACAGCACAGUUUACUUGACUGAUUAAUGAGAAGAAGCUUAAUGUUUAUAGAAGUAAUAUUAUUUAAUCUGCUCGUGUCAUGUCAAACGACUUUCUCCCACAGAUCAGCUGGUCGUGAGCUGACUGUCCGUUGACUGUCCUCUUACUGUUGUUACUGUCCUGUUCAUGUCGUUAGCUGUGUGUAAACUUAUUUUUUGUCGUCGUCGUCCUCCAGGAGAAAAUGUUGCUCACAGCUCGCCGCCUGUCCAAAGUGCUGCAGCUCACCCUGGCGGUCAUUAAACCUGAUGCCGUGGCUCAUCCCCUGAUGUUAGAGGUAUGUUGACUGUCUCCAUACUCAAUACAUCCAUGACUAAGGGAGUUUAAUUAACGCUUUUUGGAUGGUGUGGUCAUGUACUUUUCGACUUAAUGUUGAUACUGUAAAGGGGGUUGCUAUUUUAUGGACCUUAAACAGUCCAGUUUGGUUCUAUUUAUUUGGGCGACCACUUUUUGUGCACUAAAAAGUCCAACAUUGCCUCUCCUUUAUUAUCAUCUUUAAGCUCAUGUGAAGAGUUUUUUUUUUUUUUUACCAUCUAGGACACAAGCUAAGGCUUCUUGGUGACAUUAAAAAUGAAUAAAACAUUGAUAAAAUGAUGAUCCGUUUUGUACAGUUAUUUCCAGUGAUUCUAAGUUUUUCUAGAAGAAACUGAACAUUGUUGAACAUUGCGAUCUACAGGAUGGAGAAGAACCCCUUACUCUUGAGGUCUUAAUUUUCUUUAUUAAAUAAAACUAUCAAGCAGCUGUUGUUUUACACAGUAGCAAAAAAUACAAACAGAAUGUCAUUAAAGGUGCAAUAAUUGAAAUAUUGAUCGUCCCCUUAAGACUUUAUAGCUGGUGAUGAAAUCGACUGAAAUACUGAUGCCGCUCUGUAACCUCCAAAAGCAAAUACAACCAUCAUUAUGGAGCACUUCUAAUCAUAUUCAUUUAUUUUAAAUGUUUGAAACUUCUGUCAGAUAAAGUUAGGAAUUUAGAGUUUCAAAACAUUUUUUUUUGUCAUUUCCCAUGUCAAAGAUUCUCAAUAAGUGAUGCAGUUGACUGAAAGAAGGGGAAUUGUGUAUUCCUGUUCUUCAAAGAAAAAGGGAAAAAAAAUACUACUUCCAUAUGACUCACUGGCAAAUGCCACUGCACUGUCACUUAAAUUCAACUGGUAGAGAAGAAGUUGUAAUGGCUGACAAUGACAUUAGGCUUUUCAAGUAUGGAGACCUCAGAAGUCAUGGAGCUGAAGCAUGAAGCUUUCUUCUUCACGCUCUAGCCUUUGAAAUGAAUCUAAACAGAAAUGUGUGUGUUGUCGGUGCCUCUUGAGCCACACAAAUAUCGACAAAGUUUUUUUUUAUUUUAACUGGUAACUGCUGCACACAAAUGAAAUAUAAUAUCAUAUUUUUCCUUCAGGCUCUUCACCAGAGAAUCCUGGACAAUGACUUUGUGAUCGUGCGAUGCAAAGAUCUUGUGUGGAGGCGGCAGGACUCUGAAAAGUUUUAUGAGGAACACUCAGGUAAGCAUGCAGAAGAUAAGAUUACAAAUCAACGAAAGGGAAAAAUAAAACUUGGAGCCCCUGUGGAGUGGGGGGCUAUUUGUCAUUGUGAGGAUAAAUUAAGAUGAUUUCUGAUCAUAAAACUUCUCCUUGAGUAAGAAGAUACAGAGCCGGUGUUAAAAUCUAAUUCACAAAUAAGAUUUGCUUUCUUUUAGGACGAUUCUUCUACCAAAGACUUGUUGAGUUCAUGUCGAGGUAAGCCUCCAUACUGACACAGAAGCUGAGAGUUUUGACUAGUGCUUUGACACAUUUGUCCAAAAGAGGUUUUGUGUCUUCAAUAUGUUUUGAAAGAUGUGACGAAGAAACUUUCCUACAUUACAUGACCCAGAAAAGCACACUGAAGUCACUGUGCCCCAGUUUUCUGCUCAGUGGGACACCAAAGAAUCCAUUUCUGAUCCAUCACAGCAGGAGAGGAAAUAAUCACCAAACACCGGCUUUGAAGCGGCUGUCAAUGAAGCCUGCUCAACAAUAGCUCCACAGGGCCACAGUGGAUUUCAAAAGGCGCCUGUAAUCAUAUACUUAUUUUUGUCUCCCUGCAGCAGUGAAUGAAAAGCUGCUGUGACAGUCAGAGUAUUUCAAAGAAUCCAAUGUGAAGAAAUAUGUGUAACAACCACACACGUACGUUCAUCUGAACUCUCAACGACCGCUAAAACUGCUGUUCCUAUGAUCCUUUCACACAGCGGUCCCAUGCGAGCUUAUGUUUUAGCCAGAGAGGACGCCAUACGUCACUGGAGGGAGAUGAUGGGCCCGACCAAAGUGUUCAGAGCCAGAUUCACCUCGCCAGCUUCCAUCAGAGGGCAGUUUGGACUCACAGACACACGGAACACCACUCAUGGAUCAGGUGAGGGGUGUGUCAAGCCUUGUGUGUUUCAAAACUCAGCUGCAUCUUAAAAUUCCUACAGUUAAGAAAUUUAGUAUUUCUUCUGACUGAUGAGAAAAACUGCAGGUUCAAGGUAGGGAAAGAGUGAAAAGAGGGAUUUAAGGCCGUGGGUGGAGAAUCGCUUGCAUCUUUCAACAUGUCAUCCAAGAUUGUGUCUGUUUCUCCAUUUUUUUUUUAGAUUCCGUCGAGUCAGCACAAAGAGAAAUCUGCUUCUUCUUCCCAGACUUCAGCACGGAGGAGUGGAUGAAGAAGGAGGAGCCGUUGUUCAGAUCAGGACAAAUGUGCUACGACCACCAAAAACAGAUUCACACACUUUCAACACAGAGCUGACCUCAGAAUUGCUGUUACACCCUUUCAGGACUACUUACAGACUCUGCAAUUGUUCAGUGAUUGCUCCUUAAAAUUGCACACCACAAGCAAAUAAACAAUCCUGCAUGUUAUUUAUGAAACAAACUGUGCAGAGGUCCUGAAAACUGCAUGUGUAAUUCUUCCUCUUUUAUUUGCCGACAGUGUUCCUCUGUGCCAAUCCUGUGUUUUCUUUCUUGAACAUAUCCUGGAAACAGUUUUUAUAAAGUCAUGUACACCCACUCUUGUUUUGUUGAGUUUAAUGUCAUUAUAAAACACUGAUGACCAGAUAAGAAAAUGUAACACUGUCUAGUACAAAACAACACAAUGAUGUACACAAACUCCUCACCAGGCCUCACUGUAAAUAGUGCAAUCUUCAGUCAGUUUCCUGAGCCUUACAGACUGUAGCACUGCACAUUAGUGCAUCAGUUUGAAACUUGGAAAUCAUUUCAAUAAUGUAAAAUAACUCUAAUAUGCCAGCUUCAUACACACGUUCAAAUUUGGGUCUAAAUGAUCUUCAGUGGGGAUUUGAAAUGUGCCAAACCAAAGAUUCCUCAUUUAAUAUAAAACAUUCUGCUGUGCUCCACCCUGAAUUUGUCAUUUUUGGUCUGGAACUCCAUGUCCUGUAACAUGUCACAUACUGUAUGUACUCAGAUCAACAGCUUUACAUGUCCAUGUCCUUGAUGAUGUUGAUGUACAGUAACAGGCACCAUAGACUUACGCUUUAUGAUAUACAAUACAGCCUAGUUCAAGUUUUAUUUUCAAUAAAACGAGCUAACUAAAAUGGUA